AUGCGGGCACCGACACAGGGCCACGGCCCCCACCCAGCCACCCACAUGCCCAUCUACUGGCCCUCGGGGAUGGCAAGAGGGGACGCACCACCAACCCCAUGCCCGUCCCCAAUCACGUCCGCCCACCCGGGCCACGAGCCGCCGGUGCAGGGAUGUAACCGGCUGCAGGGUGGGAGAAGCACUAGGGCCCCGAUCAACCCCCGCCCCAGACCACCCACGGCGCACCCGCAACCGCCCACCCCUCCCUUUGCCGCCCGAGCACCCACCCCGCACCCCGAACAGCAAGCCCCGCCCAGGGCCCUGCAGGCCCCACGAGGCCCCACCGACGACCCCGCUGGCAGGAGGGCAGUGGCAGCCGCCGCGGCCCAGGGGGGCGGACAGGGCCGGAGACAGACUAAGGGGACGGAGGCGCAACCCCCCCCCCAGGCCAGGGGGGACGCGCGGUAUGACACCCGGGGGCACCUCCCCGGUAUCCAGUAUAAGGAGAUGCAGCUCUGGCCGGGCCGUCCCAGGAGGAAACUAUGGCCGCCGCACACACCAACCAACCCCCGCCCAACUCCACCCCAGCCCGGCCGGCCGGGGAAGGGCCGCGGCCCCCGACUGGCGCCCACACGGCAAACUCCCCCCGUCUGCGAGACCAGCCCGCGCCCAACGGGAUCCACGCAUGACCAGAGGCCAUCAGACAAGCCCCAGCUGAAAACCCCGGGAUCAGGACCAGCGACGGGACGCCACAGGCACCCAUUCCCACCCCCCACAGCUCUGGCAAAGGGGGCCACUGUCAUCCCCGGCCUAUCAGUGCCCAUAUCAACCAACCCUCAGGGAAAGGACAAGGAGAUGCGCAAACCAUGCCCGCCCACCCAUCUGGACCACGAGCCACCAAAGCAAACACCCGCCCAACGUAGCACACCGCAGGAGGCCCACAGCCUUCGACCAGUCAACAAGCACAAACCGUGGAUAGAAGCUUCUUACCAUGGCGUGAUCACGGAGAACAUGGGUACUGUGCUGUUGGACCCUCCGCUGGUAGCUCUGGACAAGGAUGCGCCAGUCCCCUAUGCAGGUGAAAUUUGCGCUUUUAAGAUUUAUGGCCAGGACGUUCCCUUCGAGGCGGUGGUGUUGAAUCGCACCUCGGGAGAGGGCGUACUGCGGUCCAGUGGCCCCGUGGACUGCGAGAGCCAGAAAGAAUACACAUUUAUUAUCCAAGCCUACGACUGCGGAACUGGACCCACCGGGGCCGAUUGGAAGAAAUCCCACAAGGCUGUGGUUCACAUUCAAGUAGAUGACGUCAAUGAGUUCUGCCCGGUGUUUCGAGAGCCUCUAUACAAGGCUUCAGUCAUUGAAGGCAAGAUCUAUGACAGCAUUUUGCAGGUGGAGGCUUGGGACCAGGAUUGUUCCCCACAGUACAGCCAGAUUUGCAACUAUGAGAUUGUCACUGCUGGCACACCGUUUGCUAUAGACCGCAAUGGAAAUAUCCGAAACACGGAGCGACUGAGCUACGACAAACAGCAGAGCUACAAGAUCAUGGUGACGGCCUUUGACUGUGGUCAGAAGACAGCAAAGGACAAUGUGGCCGUGCAUAUUGAUGUCAAGCCUGUCUGCAAAGCGGGAUGGCAAGGCUGGAACAAGCGUGUGGACUACGAACCUGGCACUGGAAGCAAGCCGCUCUUUCCGAAGCUACACUUGGAAACAUGCGGAGGACCCUUAUCGGGCAUAAAGGUGAUGGUGGAGCUGCAAACCAGUCACAUCGGGAAGGGUUGCGACAGGGAAACGUACUCCGAGAAGUCUCUGCAAAAACUGUGUGGUGCAGCAUCAGGCAGCACAGACCUUCUCCCCGCUCCGAGCACAUCCACUAACUGGACUUCGUCUCUCGUGACGGACAGUACGCGCGACAGUGACCUCAUCUACAGAUUUGAUGGUCACCAGGCAGCCAAUAUUCCUGAUCACGUGGUGCCCCAAAACCUGACGGAUCAGUUCACUAUCGCCACGUGGAUGAAACACGGUCCAAGUCCGGGACUCCGAGCUGAGAAGGAAACGCUACUGUGCAACUCUGACAAAACUGAAAUGAACCGCCACCAUUAUUCUCUCUACAUUCACAACUGCCGCCUGGUCUUCCUGCUUCGAAGAGAUUUCAGCCAGCUCGAUACUUUCAGACCCGCUGAAUUCCACUGGAAGCUGGAGCAGAUCUGUGACAAAGAGUGGCACUAUUAUGUGAUCAAUGUGGAGUUUCCAGCUGUGACUCUCUUUGUGGAUGGAGUGACCUAUGAACCCUACCUGGUGACAGACGAUUGGCCAAUCCAUGCCUCCGAAAUCGAUACGCAGCUGACUUUGGGCGCCUGCUGGCAAGGUGGUGAGGUAGCGACUCCGAGGUUCACCCAGUAUUUCCACGGCAGCCUGUCGGGCCUGACGAUCCGGCCGGGCCGCAUUGAAACCCAGAAGGUUAUCUCCUGCUUGCAGGCCUGCAAAGAAGGUCUUGACAUUAACUCCCUUGAAAGCCUGGCUAAGGACAUCAAGUUCCAUUUUAACCCUGCACAGUCCAUGCUGGUAGUGGAAGGAGAGGAUCUGGACAGUAUCAACACAGCCAUGACCAAGGUGUCCUACAUUAACUCUCGUCAGUUUCCCACGCCAGGCCUGCGACGCCUUCACAUCAGCACCACCGUACUAUGUUUCGGGGAGGAGGCGUGUCUCUCCGUCCCCGACGUCAGGGCGGUCGUCAUGGUUCAACCCCCCAGCGAACCCCGAAUCACCAUCACUGGUUCCGAUCGGCUGGUCAGGCCUGCCGCUGACCUUCGCGCUCCCUUGGGCGUGGCGCCUUUCAAGGAGCUUUCCAUCACCAGUACCGUCAUGAAGGGGGACGGCUUCAGCAGAUCCCGCAGGCCAGGUGUGAUGGAGGUGAUGCAUAACCUGGACUACUGUGAUAUCCUGGUGAUUGGAGACGAGCUGAAUCCAGAGAGAGAGAGCCUGAAUAUUCAUCACAGCGCUCUGCUAGGAAAACACCUGGACGCCACCAACUCCACCACAGGAAUAUCAAUAUAUGGUGUGGACUCCAUGGCCCACUACGAGCAGGCACUGCGUCAAGUGCGCUACAGGAACUGGCGACCCGCCACGCUGACCGACAGAAGGUUCCGACUCACCUGCUCGGAACUGAACGGCCGUUACACCAGCAAUGAAUUCAUCUUGGAGGUCAGCGUCCUUCACCACGCAAAGCCUGUUGAGCAUGUUAAUCACGUGGCCGCUCAGCCGCAGUACUUGAAAGCUGUUCAUCACCCACUCAUGAUACACACUUCCAAUUCCCAUAUCUCAGGACCAGCACCUCCAGCUGCCACCGUUGUUAUUGUGGUGUGCAUCGCCGCCCUGGUGGUUAUCGUGGUUAUUGGCGUGUACAGAAUCCAUGCGACUCAUCAGGAGGGCUCCAGAGAGGAAGAAGAUGACGGUAAAGAGCCUGAAGAGGAAUGGGACAAGUCUGCACUCAACAUCACUGUCAACCCUAUGGAGAAUGUGAGAGGAGCUCACAUGCUGAGUGAAGAAGCCGGCGAAGAUCUGUGGAGGGAGGAUGAAAAACACGUGGGAGGAAUGGCAAAUGCGGAGACGGAUAACAGCGAUGACGACGAGGACGACGACGACGAGGAAGAAGAGGGCGAGAAGGAGAGGAAGCUCAAGUGGCACAGGUCCUCCACAACAUACUGA